UAAACAUUAAAAAGAGUUCAAUGUUUUUUUUAAUUUUUUGUACAAAAUAAAUUUUCUUGAUGUUUUAUCCGGGCCGGGCGGCCCGGUGGGCAGUCCGGCCCGCAAAGAUGGGCGGGGAUGGGCAUAGGGUGGUAGAGCAUUUGAAUAAUUUUCAGAGAUUGAUUAACCAAUUGUCUUCAAUGAAAUUGGUUUUAGAUGAUGAAUUGCAGGCGUUGUUGCUCCUCAGCUCGUUGCCAGGAAGCUGGGAGACCUUGGUUGUAUCACUUAGUAAUUCUGCCCUAGAGGGUAAGCUCACAAUGGAUGUUGUGAAGUCGAGUCUGCUGAACGAAGAAGCUAGGAGAAGAGAUCUGAGUUCCUCCAGCUAUUCAGAUCAGGCUCAUGUUGAUGAGGUAGAGGGUCGUGGAAGACACAGACAUAGAGAUUUUGAAUCCAGGGGGAGAUCUAAAUCAAGAAGCGAGGUGAAAUGCUUCUAUUGUGAUAAACUGGGUCAUAAGAUAUCUCAGUGCAGGAAGAUGAAGCGAGAUAAAGCCCAGCAGAAAGAGAAAAAUGGUCAGACUUCUGAGAAGAAAGAGGAGAAAGACACAGAAGCCCUUGUAGAUGCAGAUGAUUUAUUCUUCGUGUUGACCCUCAGAGAUGUCAGACAUGUUCCGGAGUUUCGGUUCAACCUCAUUUCAGCUGGAGGACUUGACGGAGAUGGUUAUGUUAGCCGCCUUGGUGAAGGAAAGUGGAAGCUCACCAAAGGUUCUUUGAUCGUGGCCCGAGGUAAGAUAGAGAACAGGAUUUACGUGAUGCAAGCAAAGAUGUGCAGAGGAGAUCAGAAUACUGCGCCCUCCACGGUGGCAUCGCACAAGAGGCUUGGUCACAUGCUCGAGAUUUGUCAGAGUAUCCUCCCUGAAGGUGACAUUCCGUUUCUUACCAUACAUACGGAUCAUGGGGGAGAAGAUGGAGAAAAACAUUGUGGUGAUGAUGUUGCUCAUGAUGGUGAUGUGCUUGAGCCACCUCAUUUCGAGCAUGGAGUUCUACCAUAGAGGGAUCCUCAAAUGGGUAAAUUUGAGAGAGUUUGCUACCAGGAAGAAGUGAUGAAGGUGCACCAAAGUGAACGGUUUCAAGCCAAGCGAGAUGGGGCUAUAUCCUUGCUUGAUGGACGUGGUCAUUCCCUGGUAAAGUUGCAUGGAAGCAAGCGAGCACCCAAGAGCAAUUGGGUGUUCAAGUUGAAGAGAAGAGAGCGUUCCUCACAACCUACGGACUUGGCGUAGUUGGUUGUGAAAGGUUUGUUUGAUAUUUAUCAUGAGUAAUUUACCUAAAUAAGACUAAAACAUAAUG